AUGGCUAGAAGAAAUAGAAAUAAAACUGUGAAUGAAGAAGAGAUUGAACUUGAUGAAGUUGACUCAUUUAAUGCCAAUAGAGAAAAGAUAUUAUUAGAUGAAGCUGGAGAAUAUGGACGUGAUGAUCAAUCGGAGGAAGAUGAUUCUGAAGAGGAAGUCAUGCAGGUAGAAGAAGAUAGUGAGGGUGACGAAGAAGAUCAAGAAGACGAAGAAGAGGAGGAGGAGGAGGAAGAAGGGGAAGAAGAAGAAGAAGAAGAAGAAAAAGGAUGGGGAGGAAGACAGAAUUAUUAUGGAGGAGAUGAUGUAAGUGAUGAUGAAGAUGCUAAACAAAUGACAGAAGAAGCAUUGAGACAACAGAAGAAACAUUUACAAGAAUUAGCAAUGGAUGAUUAUUUGGAUGAUGAGAUGAUGGAAGAUUGGCAGAAAAAGGCCGAUUCAUAUGACAAUAAAGACACACUGUCAUCAACCCAGCAGCAGCAACAACAACAACUUAUCAUUGAAAGCAAUAGUUCUAUUGCGAAUUUGGAAGAUAGUGAUAAAUUGAAAUUACUUCAACAAUCAUUCCCUGAAUUUAUUCCAUUAUUAAAAGAAUUGAACAGUUUGAAAGUUAAAUUAGAAGAUUUACAAAAAUUAGAGGAUAAAAACAAAUGCAUAGAGACAAAGAUUGUAGCAUUAUCAGCAUAUUUGGGAGCUAUAUCGUCAUAUUUUGCCAUAUUUGUUGAUAAUUUGAACAAUGAAGAAUCGUUUGUAUCAAUGAAAGAUAAUCCAAUCAUGGAAACUAUAUUGAGUUCUAGAGAGAUUUGGAGACAAGCAAAUGAAUUACCUGAUGAUAUUAAAUUGGAUGAUGUUAAAGUACAUGUUUCCGAUGUUGUUUCUUCUAGUGAUAUUGAUGACGAAGACAAUUUUGUUGACGCCAAAGAAGAACAAUCUGAAGAUGAAGAGAUAUCAGAAGAAGAAGUUUCUCAAGACGAAGACGAAGAUCAAUCAGAUGAUCUUGACAUUGAUGCUAAUUCAGAAAGAAUUAUCAAGCAUGUUUCCAAAAAACACGGUGAUGAUUUCACAGAAGCUGAUAUCGAAGAUAUUGAUAUGGAGGAUAAACAACGUCGUAAAAAGACAUUAAGAUUCUACACUUCCAAAAUUGAUAAAGCUGCAGCUAAAAAAGACCAAUCAUAUUCUGGUGAUAUAGAUGUUCCAUAUAAAGAAAGAUUGUUUGAAAGACAACAGCGUCUACUUGAAGAAGCAAGAAAACGAGGAUUACAAAAACAAGAUGAUGAAAAUAUAUCGGAUAAUGACAAUGACAAUGACGGUGUCAAUGAUGAUGAAGGAUUUGAACAAGGUGAUGAUUAUUACGAAUCAAUAAAACAACAUAAAUUAAAUAAGAAACAAUCCAGAAAAUCAGCUCAUGAAGCUGCAGUUAAAGCUGCUAAGGAAGGUAAAUUGGCAGAAUUACAAGAAGCUGUUGGUCAAGAUGGUAAAAGAGCAAUUAAUUAUCAAAUUCUUAAGAACAAAGGUCUUACGCCUCACAGAAAGAAGGAAUAUAGAAACUCCAGAGUUAAAAAGAGAAAACAAUACGAAAAGGCACAAAAGAAACUUAAAUCUGUUAGACAAGUUUAUGAUGCUAAUAAUAGAGGUCCAUAUGAAGGUGAAAAGACAGGUAUUAAGAAAGGGUUAUCAAGAUCAGUUAAAUUGGUGUAA